CCAUUCAAAUUGCAACUGGAAUUCAAACUUGCUGAACUUGCCCUGGAGGCUUGCUUGAACAAUGAGCAGACUGACUAUCUCAUAAAACUUUGCAACUGGUGUACUUCCCAACAGGAGAAGUUCACAUUUCAGACCCACAAGGACAUUUGUGACAGGUGGGACACUGCUUCCCAUCACAUUACAGGGUUUACUGAAGACAUAAUCUCAGUACCAUAUGAUGAGUUUGAUCUGCACUGUUGGAAUCUCUGGGAGUGGGCUACCAACCUCCUUCAUGAUUCCCAGCUCUUUCUGCAUAUAGUAUUUGAUGUACAGCACUUCUCAAAGUUUGAUGGUGAGACAUUUGUAAAUUUUGUAAAUGAACCUUACACUGCUGAAGCUUUUUGGAACACUCAAGUAUGUAACACUACUAUAGCAAUUUCAGUCACAUUCCUUACUUGA